AUGAGCCAACCACCCAUCCGUAUCCUGCGUAGGCCGCCUAUUCAGGUGAAUAAUCAGGUUGCCGACAAUGUGCAACCAACUGUUCCAACAAAAACCCUCGAGCAGCGUGAGGCGGACUACGCGGCUGCUAGGCGUCGAAUAAUGGGAUCUGAGUCCGAAGAUCAACCUACGGUUUCGGAAGGAUCUGGGUUACCAGCUCCGGUAACGAAUACGGCAGAAAACGGGCCAGCCACCAAAACCACUGGUCCGUCGGAUGACUCGGACAACCAGAAACAGACGUCUACAAAACCUCCCCAGACCGCUAUUCCGUUAAUGUCCAUCCCCACAGCGGCUUUGUCCAUUCAUACUACAUUGGAUCGGGGUCUUCAUACCACUCCUCGUCCGGCUUCACCACAUCUCUUUAACAACUUCAACUCAAACUAUUUGCCUCCACGUAACAUGGCAAACGGUGUGGUGCUUGAUGGUACGCAGCAAUCGCAGCCACCUAACGGCCAUGUCGACAGGUCGAAAACGGCAGCUACGCUUAAUAUGUCGGCCAUGUUGCACCAACUCAACCUCUUACGUCAGUACCAGCAAAGCAUUGCGGCGUGCCAGUUGAUGCAACCUAUGCCAUCUAAUUCACAAGUGCCAUUAACAUCCUCCUACCCAGCUGCUUAUCAACGUACCGCCUGCAACCAAGUCCAGAACCUGAUGCCUUCCCUUAACUUCCAGGCGUCACCAUCAAGGUUCACUUACUCGUCGGGCUACAACUAG